ACAUAUGGCCGGAACCUUGUGCUACAUAUGAAAUGCUUAAAAACGUUUAUAAUUAUCUAAAAAAGACAAUAUAUAACUUCUUUGAUUUAAUUUUUACAUUUAAAAAAUAAAACUAUUAUUUUAUUUACUUAAAUUAGUUAGUGAAAAAAAAUAAUUUUAAAUCAAGUAAACACUCAACGAUUAGGGUUUUUUGACACUAUUCAAAAACACUAGUCAAAAUGGCGGCGCACGUGUAUUAAAAAAACUACUGGUUCCUCCUUUUCUUCUUAAUUAACAACUGUUAUUGUCCUAAUUUCAGUAAAUGAUCAAUGGCAGCAUCAAUUUUAUCAUAUUCUAAAUACGUGAAAUUAUUGGGAUGCUUUAGAAAUAAUCAAAUUUUUUCUGUCACUUCAAAAAGAUCUAUCAUGGCAACAAGACCCAGGUUAGAAAAAGUAUUGGAGACCUUGCAAAAAAAUCCGUAUUAUGAGAAAUAUUCACAAAAAAUUGCUAAACUUCAACAAACUAGUCCUGAAGAAUUUUUAGAACGUGUCAGUGAAAAUGAAAGAAAAAUACAAGAAGAAAAAGUAGAAAUUCCGGCUUUGAGUCAAUCAGUUAAUUUGUCACGAACCAUUUUUUCCACUUUGUGUCAGCAAAAUCGGUUUCAAAGAGAAAUUUGCAGAAAUUAUUCAUCCUCAACAAGGAAUAACAAAUAUAUAACAACUCCAAUUUUUUACGUCAAUGAUGUUCCUCAUAUUGGACAUUUAUAUACAGCAGCUUUAGCAGAUACAAUAGCAAGAUUUAAUUCAAUGUUAGGAUAUGAGACAAUUUUAAGUACAGGAACCGAUGAGCAUGGAAUGAAAGUUGAACGUGCCGCAUUGAAAAAUAAACUCCCAACAGAUAAAUAUUGUGAUAAAAUUUCCCUCAGUUUCAAAAGUAUGUGCGAUACAUUUAAUAUUGAAUAUUAUGAUUUUAUUCGAACGACUGAAAAUCGUCAUCGCGAGGCGGUUCAUCAUUUUUGGAACAGAUUGUAUGAACGAGGGCACAUUUAUUCAGGAAAGUACAGUGGUUGGUAUUGUGUAUCAGACGAGGCUUUUCUUUCAAAUGAUGAAAUAAUAGAAAAGAAAAAUGAUAAAGGAGAACUAGUCAAAGUAUCAUUGGAGUCUGGUCAUCUUGUUGAAUGGUAUGAAGAGGAAAAUUUUAAAUUUCGACUCAGCGCAUUUCAAGACGAUUUGAAACAUUGGUUGAAAAAUGAAAAUGCAGUGAGGCCAGAGAAAUUUUAUAAAAUUUUAUCAAAUUGGGUGAAUGAGGGAAGUGUAUUUCAAGAUCUAAGUAUUUCACGACCAAAAAAUCGAGUCUCUUGGGGUAUUCAAACACCUAACGAUGAUACACAAAAUAUUUAUGUUUGGUUUGAUGCUCUAAUUAAUUAUUUAACAAUAUUAGGAUAUCCAAAUGAAAAAUAUAAACAAUUUUGGCCUCCUUCUAUUCAGGUUAUUGGAAAAGACAUUUUAAAAUUCCACGGUAUUUUCUGGCCGUCUUUUCUCAUAGCAGCUGGCUAUGAACCGCCGGAGACUUUACUAUGCCACUCCCACUGGACUGUGGAGGGCGAAAAAAUGUCAAAAUCGAAUAUGAACGUUGUUUCACCAUUUGAUGCUGCGUCUCAAUAUUCUCCCGAGGGAUUGCGCUAUUUUCUUUUGAGAAAUUCAGUAACAUACAAAGACUCAAAUUUCUGUGAAAACACUGUGAGACUGAAUUUGAAUGCAGAUCUUGCUGAUAAUCUUGGGAAUUUAGUGCGACGAUGCACGGGCGAUAUUAUUAAUCCAAGUAAAGAAAUUCCAAAUCCAAAAUUAUUUUCUAAUGUUUUAAAAUCCGAGAAGGCAUUGGAAUUAAAGAGAAAUUUGGAAUCAUUGAAAUUAACAGCGGAAAAAAAUUAUGAGUCAUUAAAUAUUCAUCAUACUGUGGAUGCAGUUAUGACAACAUUACAUAGCGCAAAUCAAAUGUUUGAUUAUCAUAAACCUUGGACGUUGAGAAAAAAUAUAUCCGAUCCAAAAAUUGCCAAUGAAUUGAAAGCCGUUAUUUCUCUUUCUUUAGAAAGUGCACGUAUCUCGGCACUUGUUCUUCAUCCAAUUAUUCCAAAAAUGACAAGUGAUCUUCUUGAUUUUCUUCAAGUGCCAAGGGAAAAUCGCACAUGGCAGGAUACAAUUCCGAUUUAUAUGGAAACUUUAUCAAACGACGAUCGUCAUUAUAUCAAGGAUUGUAAAUUCUUCGAGAAAAUAAGGAUAGCAAAGAAGUAACAAAGUUUAUAGUUUAAUACACUUUUUCUUUUUUUUUUUGUGGAAGUCUUAAUUGCUAAUAUAUUUACAGAGAACGAUCAUACGGAUAUAGUUUGUUUUUUUUUUGUUUUUUGUUUUAGUGUACAUAAAUAUUUUUGGAACGAAACGUGCCGACGAAAAUGAUGUUUAUAAACAAUUUUGUUUUACCGUCGGUGCGUCGUAUACGUUAUUUUAAAGCUAAUGAAGAAUUUUCCAAGGAAA